AAACAAAAAAUGUAAACAUUGCAUUUUAGUAUAUUUAUUAAACGAUAAGAUUUUCAAUUAAAAAUAUAACCCAUAAAAAUGUUGCAAGGAUACUUUUUCUUACUUUUAUUAUUAGAAAUAAGAACAUUAAAUGUAAAAGUACAUGUAAAGCAAGGUACUUUAAUAGGAAAUAGGGAAAUAACUGUUUUUGGUGAAAAGUUGUAUUAUGCAUUUUAUGGUGUGCCUUACGCUCAAGCCCCCGUUGGAAAAUUGAGAUUUGUAGAUCCAAAGCCAAUUAAACAAUGGACAAAACAACUAGACGCCACUACGGAAUACCGCGGAGCGUGUGCCCAAGGUCACAUUGUACACAAACAAGGACAAUAUGGAUUUGAAAAUUGUUUAUAUCUGAAUAUUUAUACACCAAUUUUACCUAAAUCUAAAAAUGAAACUUUAAAGGCUGUAAUCGUUUGGAUUCAUGGUUACGCAUUCACUUCGAGCUUCAGUCACAUACACGGACCCGAUUUUUUAAUUGAAAAUGACGUAUUAUUCAUUACUUUAACGCACAGAAUAGGUGCAUUCGGAUUUUUGAAAGUUAACGAAUCGGAUUCUAAUGCGAACAUGGGGCUAAAAGAUAUUGUCAUGGGUCUUAAAUGGAUCAAGAGAAAUGUUGAACAAUUUGGUGGCGAUAGUAAGAACAUAACGGUCAUGGGAAGUGGCUCUGCGAGUACAUUUCUGUCAUUAUUAUUGACAACAAAACACAGAAAUAUAUUUUCAAAAAUGAUUUUACAAAGCGGUUCGAUAUUCUCUCCUUCAUUGUACCAAAUCAAUCGUGAUUUAGAGAGGUCUAAAUUAGAAAACGAAAUAAAGAAAGCUGGGUUUAAGAAUUUGAAAUCUGUUCCAACAAAUAAUAUUAUUCAAGCGUAUAGAAAAAUAUACAGUAGUAUGGACUUGAUAAAUUCCCAAAGGCCUCUUAUUCCCUUCAUGCCCACCGUAGAAAAAGAAUCCAAUAGAGCAUUAAUUAAAAUAAAUGUUAAUCAAUUAUACAAUACUAUUAAAAAUUUAGAUGUAAAAAUCCCAAUUCUUAUUGGAUUUACGAGUCAGGAAAGUAUAACAGAAUUAAUACCGUUCAUUCAUAAUCCACAUCAUUUAAAUUUUUUUAAGUCGUUUUUCAAGUUUAUGGUACCAUAUUCAAUUGGUUGCAAGUACGAAUACUCAACAAAGACGUACAGAGCAAUUUCCCACGAAAUAAGAAAUCAAUACUUCAGGCGUGGCAUUUCAGAACACUCCAUUAAAGACUUUUUAAAGUUUUCAUCCGAUCUUCAAAAAUAUCCGAUAUAUAAAUAUAUAAAAUCAAGAUUAAACUCUGAAAGUAAAAUCUACGUUUAUAAAUUCAAUUAUGUUGGAAAAUUUAAUGUGGCUAAGGCAACUUCGUUAUCUGGUUCGACUUUAAAAAUAAAUGGUGCAGCACACGGAGAUGAAAUUUGUUACAUUCUAAAGUGCGACCCUCAAUGGGAAUCAUAUGUAAAAUUGAAAAAUGUCAGCUUUGAUAAAGAUAGAGAAUUUAUAAAUCAGAUUUCUAAAAUGUGGGCAAAUUUCGCAAAAACAGGGGAUCCAACGCCUUUAAACGCUUAUUCUAAUUUCACUUGGCUACCGAUGACAUUAAAAGACGAUAAUGUUUUUCUUUUUGAUAAAGUGAGCAGAUUAACAGAUUCUGUUCCAGAACAAAAAAUGUAUAAUUUUUGGAACGAACUUUUUAAUAAAUAUUAUGCACCAGAUAAAUGUAAAACAUUCAAAGAGGAACUGUAAGAAUAUUAUAUUAAAUCAUUUUUAUUAUAGUCGAUUAUAAUUGCACAAAAUUAAUUAAUAAAUAAUAUUUUUGUUCUUACCUUACACUCA